AUGUUAAAAGUUUAUAUCCGUCCGAAGCGACCUAUCGAAACAGUCAUCCAUUUGAAGAUCGAAAACGAUAACAAACAGACAUGGCGAUUCUCAGUUAAGUUCCACAUUGAACCAUCACUUGUUUCUAAGAAAAUGACAAUCAUUUCGACAUUGAACAAAGUUGCUAAAGCGAAAGUAUAUUUAGACGAAAUCAUUGACGAAGACACCGACUAA